GAUGUCUUGAUGUUUCACCUUAAGCUGUAAAGUGUUAUCUGCAUGUUGAAAAGUACUUAAAGCAUUUGGAAUUAUGUGUCAAAAAAAAAAAAAUACCACCAUGGCCAGAUCGAAGAACCUUUUUGUAAAAUAAGUCUCAACUCGAAAAUGCAAUUUUGCGUUGAAUGUGGAUGACAAAAUAUGGAAGGAAAACGUUUGUGGCAGGAAUGAAAAUGAAAUUCUGGUAAAAUUCAAAUGUUUGUUGUUGUUCACCCAGGACGGGGCAUCAUGGCCCGCCCCCGAGAGCUCAGACGCCGACACCAUCGCGGAGACACGCGUAAGACGCCAUGAGGCUUCGUAGCUUCAAUGGUCAAAUGCUUCUUUGCACUAACUCUCUGGCCUCAGUCUGUUUGGUACGUACAUGAUCCCAGUAGCAAUGAGCUGAACAGCAGAGCGAAUGAGCAGCCGAAGAAACGAAAGGUUUGAUUUGCAAUUGCCAAAUGUCACCUAGCCACUCCUUGUAACAAAAUCGUUUGCUAUUGUUGCCUGGCAGACCUUCAGAAUCAAAAGAAUUCUUCCCACUUCACUGUUUCGCUCAAGUGCCAAGGACUCAGAUGCCCGCACUGAGGAGGUGGAGAUCCAACCGCUGGAGAUGGUCGACAUGCCCGCGUUGGACGACGUCAACGCCGCGGACCCGCUGGAGGAUGAAGACGGACUCCUGGCGUGGUGGAGAACAGUUGACGGGUGGAGCGAGUGGAAUGAGACCACCCAAGACCACCAGUCUGAAGAGGUGGUGGAAGAAGCGGCGGACCGCGUGUUCAUGGCGGCUCGCUUGUUCGUGCGCCUGUUCAACCAGCGCGGCGCCUCGCUCCAACAGCGCAUCCUGGCGCUGUUGGCACUGGCCGACGCCGCCGACAACUUCCACAAGAAGACUGUCUCGGCCAGCGUGGGCGGCGGCGUGGCACCAUCUGUCACCACCAUCACGGGACUCAUCCUGGCCCCGUUCACGGCCGGAACGUCGCUCAUCGUCACGGCGGUGGGCAUCGGCGUAGCCACGGCGGGCGGCCUCACCUCCGCCUCCGCCAACAUCACCGACACGGUGCAUUCCAAGACGGACCGCAAGAAGGUGGAGAAGAUGAUCCAGGACUACCAGGAGGAGAUGAACGACAUCAAGGACUGUCUCCAGUUCUUACAGGAAGGCAUGGAAACUCUCGAGGAGUGGAACUUUGAGCAGUAUGCCCAGAGCAUAUCCCAGAAGCAUCUGAACCAGAACGUCAAACACGUCAUGAAGGAGGGCGGCCGGGCCGGCAAGGCUUUGGUCAUCAACACGGAGAGCUUGAUCAACACGGUCCAGGUUCUCAGUGUGGCAGGGGGCGCCGCCAAAGCCGCUCAGGUCAUGAGCAUCACCACCGGGGUCAUGUCCGGACUCUUCCUGGCGCUCGAUAUCUUCUUCUUGGCCAAGGACUCGGUAGAACUGCGGAAGGGCGCCAAGACUGAGUUUGCCGCCAAGAUCCGAGAGGUUUGCAAGGACCUGCAGGACGGGCUCCUGGAGCUCAACCGCAUCAAGGAAGAGCUCCAGAAGACCAUGGACGGCAUCCAGGUGGAGGAAGAGGACGAUGAGGACGAGGACGAUGAACGCAUCAAGUCAGAGCUAAAGAAACUUAGCGAGCUGGAGGAGUGAUGACCCCUGGCCACAGCCGUCACGCUUUGUACCAUUUGCAAUCUUUGUCUUGUGAACCGAAGAACUGAUUUUUAGUUUCUUUCAAUAAAACCGUCAGAUUUC